AUCUUCAUUCCUGCUGCGUUAAAGCCAAAACACUCUCCCCAUUUUAAUCCGUACACACCCAUCCAUCCUCUCACGCCGCGUAUCGUUCGCGCAAGAACAGAUCACUAUGGCAACCCCCCCGGUAGUGAACUUCAUAACGGGCAACGCCAACAAGCUGCGCGAGGUGAAGCACAUCCUGGAGCCGGCGAUCACGGUGAACUCGCAGGAGGUAGAUCUGCCGGAGCUGCAGGGGACGGUCGAAGAGGUGACGCUGGAGAAGUGCCGGGUGGCGGCGCAGAAGAUCGGGGGCCCCGUGCUGGUCGAGGACACGUGCCUGUGUUUCAAUGCGCUGAACGGGCUGCCAGGUCCUUACAUCAAGUGGUUCAUGAAGUCGAUUGGCCAUGAGGGCUUGAACAACCUUUUGGUGGUGUAUGAGGACAAGUCGGCAAAGGCAGUCUGCACGUUCGCCUUCUCCAAGGGACCGGGGCACGAGCCCAUCCUCUUUCAAGGCAUCACAGACGGCAAGAUUGUUCCCGCAAGAGGACCAACCUACUUUGGCUGGGACCCAAUCUUCGAAUAUGACGGGCAAACAUACGCUGAGAUGGACCAAGUUGAGAAGAACAAGAUCUCACAUCGGUAUAAGGCACUCGAGAAAGUGCGUGUCUGGGUGGAAAAUGGCAAGUAUUGAAACUCCUCAUGCCCCUGUAUGCAAACGCCAUUGCCAUGCUUUAACUUAUCAUGUACGCCACUAUUUAUGAGCCACCGAUCAC